AUGUCGCAACUCGGUACCGUCAAGUUUGUGCCUCUGGAGACGAGGUACAACUUCUUGAAGAUGCAGGCUCCGGCUUCAUAUGUGGCUGGUCUCGGUCGAGGAGCUUCAGGUUUCACGACACGAUCCGAUAUCGGUCCCGCCCGAGCCGGACCUAGCGCCGAAGCCGUCGCGGCCGCGCAGGCCAAACGAGGGGAAGAGAUCCCUGACCCAGACGCCUUCCAAGAUCCAGAGAACGAGCGGAACCUCUUCGCUGGGACAGUCUACGAGGCGGACGAUGAGGAGGCGGACCGGAUCUGGGACUCGGUCGACUCCCGGAUCGACGGUCGCCGGAGGGCGAAGCGGGAAGCCAUGGAGGCUGAGCAGGCCGAGAAGGAGCGGGCCAACAAUCCCAAGAUUCAGACGCAGUUUGCGGAUCUGAAGAGAGGGCUAGAGGAGUUGAAGGAUUCGGACUGGAACUCUAUUCCAGAGGCGGGGAAUAUGACGGGCAAGAGGAGGAAGCGGAAUAUGCGGCUGGAGGAGAAUCAGAAUGGAAGGAGUUAUGCGGUUUCGGAUACGGUGUUGGCGGAUGCGGCGGGGAGGAAUGUUCUGCUCAGUGAGCUGGAUGCGGCGCAGCAAGAGAAUGGCGGAUUCGAAACACCCGCAGGCGACGGAACCAUGACCGACUUUGUCUCUAUCGGUAACGCCCGAGACAAGGUCCUUUCGCUCCGUCUCGACCAGGCGUCCAAGGAUCAGGCGAACGGAUCGUCGACAUCCGUCGACCCCCGAGGCUACAUGACGGCGCUCAAUAGCCAGGUCCUGCAGACCGACGCUCAGAUCGGCGAUAUCAAGCAGGCCCGACAACUCCUUCAGAAUCUUAUCCAGAGUAAUCCGAAGCACGCGCCAGGAUGGAUCGCUGCCGCUUCUCUUGAAGUGCACGCCAAGAAGAUGGUCGCUGCCCGAAAGAUCAUCGCGGAGGGGUGCGAAAAAUGUCCCAAAAACGAAGACAUCUGGUUCCAUGCCGCCGAGCUCAACACGCCCGAGAACGCCAAGAUCAUCCUCGGGAAGGCGGUCCAGCAGGUCCCGCAGUCGGUCAAGAUCUGGAUGAAGGCGGCGUCGCUGGAGACGGAUGCGAAUGCCAAGCGGAGGGUCUUGCGAAAAGCUCUGGAGUUCAUCCCCAACUCGGUCCGACUAUGGAAAGAAACCGUCAAUCUCGAGGAUGAUCCAGAAGACGCUCGUAUCCUCCUCACCCGCGCUGUCGAGGUCAUUCCCACUUCCGUCGAGCUAUGGCUCACCCUCGCCCGACUCGAGACACCCGAAAACGCCAAAAAGGUGCUCAACUCUGCCCGCAACAAAAUCCCCACAUCACACGAGAUCUGGAUCGCCGCCGGCCGGCUCGCCGAGCAGCCCUCGCAGGCUGAAAUGGAGGUCAAGGCGGAGGAUGAUGCGGAGCGGGCUGAGCGUACCGCCAAGCUCGCAAAGCAGGUCGAUAAGCUCAUGGUGGGCGCUGUCGGCAGUCUGAAGCGGAACCAGGUGAUUCUGUCGCGGGAGCAGUGGUUGCAAGAGGCGGAAACGUGUGAGGCGGAUGGGUCACCCCUGACUGCCCAGGCGAUCGUCAAGGCGACGAUCCACCAGGACGUCGAGGAGGAGGAUAGGCGGACGACGUGGUUGGAGGAUGCGGAGCGGGCGGAGAAGGGCGGAUUCAACGAGGUGGCCAGGGCGUGCUUUGUCGUGGUGCUCGAGACGUUCCCGACGAAUCAGGGGGUAUGGCGCAAGGCGGCCGAAUUUGAGAAACAGCACGGGACGCCACAAGCGGUCCAAGAGGUUCUCGCGCGCGGUGUCGAGCACUGCCCCCAUGCCGAGGUACUCUGGCUCAUGGCGGCCAAGGAGAAAUGGGUCGGCGGGGAUAUUCCCGGUGCUCAAGCAAUCCUCUCCGAAGCGUUCAAGCAGAAUGAGGAUAGCGAGUCGAUCUUCCUCGCCGCGGCCAAGUUGGCGUCCGAGACGGGUGAGAUGGAGGCUGCCAAGCAGAUCUUGGAGAAGGCGCGAGCGCAGGCGAAUACCGAUCGAAUCUGGAUGAAGUCAGCCGUCCUGGAACGCCAACUGGGCAACCUCGACGCUUCCCUCUCUAUCCUCGACCAGGCAAUAACCAAGUUCCCCACGUUCGACAAACUCCACAUGAUCCGCGGUCAGAUCUUUACGGCGCAGAACCUCAUCCCGCAGGCCCGCACGGCAUAUGCGCAGGGGUGCAAGGCGUGUCCCCGGUCCAUCCCGCUCUGGAUCCUCGCGGCGAGGCUGGAGGAGACGGCGGGGGUGACCAUCAAGGCACGGGCUCUGCUCGAAAAGGCGAGGCUGUACAAUGCCAAGAAUGACGAGCUUUGGGCGGAGAGUAUAGGGAUGGAAGAAAGGACGGGGGGAGCUCAGCAGGCCAAGAGUCUGCUCGCACGAGCAAUGCAGGAAUGUCCCACCUCACCCCUCCUCUGGUCCCUCGCCAUCUUCAUGGAAGCCCCCCAACAGCGCAAAGGCCGAUCCGUCGACGCCCUCAAAAAGGCCGGCGAGCACCCGGCCGUCAUCCUCGGCGUCGCUAGGCUGUUUUGGGCAGAACGUAAAAUUGAAAAGACGAGGCAAUGGAUGGCGAAUGCGGUCAAGGCGGAUGCGGACUGGGGGGACGCGUGGGGAUGGUGGUUGAAGUUUGAGAGGCAGCAUGGGGAGGCGGAACGACAAGAGUCGGUCAUUGCCCAGUGUGAAAAGGCGGAUCCGCACCAUGGUCCGGUGUGGCAGGCUACGUUGAAGGAUCUGGCGAAUCAGGGAAAGCCGACGAGGGAUAUUUUGGAGCUGGUAGCGGCCAAGCUGUCGUAA